CUUUUUAUGUCACUUGGAAACUUCAGUUCACACAUCACUCGCUUUUUCUUCAUAUACUUUACAAUCAUCCCUUGUUAACAUGUUCUUAACAGAUGUUUGGAAACUUACCAAAGUCUCCCUAGGCAACCAAUUAUCCCGCUACGGUAAAGCCUCGCUCACGUGCUGGAGAGAGAGGGGGAGUGGGUGGAGAGAACACUGCCUGGCAGCCUUCCGGGCUCUCCAGAGAGAAGCUCCCUGGGGCAGGAGGCCAUGGAGCAGUACACCACAAACAGCAACAGCUCCACCGAGCAGAUCGUGGUGCAGGCUGGGCAGAUCCAGCAGCAGCAGCAGGGUGGUGUCGCUGCUGUCCAGCUGCAGACUGAGGCCCAGGUGGCAUCCGCCUCAGGCCAGCAAGUCCAGACCCUCCAGGUAGUACAAGGACAGCCAUUAAUGGUGCAAGUCAGUGGAGGCCAGCUGAUUACUUCAACUGGCCAGCCCAUCAUGGUCCAGGCUGUCCCGGGUGGACAAGGCCAGACCAUCAUGCAGGUGCCUGUGUCUGGGACACAGGGUUUGCAGCAGAUCCAGCUGGUCCCGCCGGGGCAGAUCCAGAUCCAGGGAGGACAGGCCGUGCAAGUGCAAGGGCAGCAGGGCCAGACCCAGCAGAUCAUCAUCCAGCAGCCGCAGACAGCCGCCACCGCCGGCCACACUCAGACGCAGCAGCAGAUUGCUGUCCAGGGGCAGCAGGUGGCACAGACUGCUGAAGGGCAGACCAUCGUCUACCAGCCAGUUAAUGCAGACGGCACGAUUCUCCAACAAGUGACAGUCCCUGUUUCAGGCAUGAUCACCAUCCCGGCAGCCAGUCUGGCAGGAGCACAGAUUGUUCAGACAGGAGCCAGUACCAACACAACCAGCAGCGGGCAGGGGACCGUCACUGUGACGCUGCCGGUGGCAGGCAACGUGGUCAAUUCAGGAGGAAUGGUCAUGAUGGUGCCAGGCGCUGGCUCUGUGCCUGCUAUCCAGAGGAUCCCUUUGCCCGGAGCGGAGAUGCUGGAGGAAGAGCCCCUCUACGUGAACGCCAAGCAGUACCACCGCAUUCUGAAGAGGAGGCAGGCCCGGGCUAAGCUGGAGGCCGAAGGGAAGAUCCCAAAGGAAAGACGGAAAUACCUGCACGAGUCCCGGCACCGGCACGCCAUGGCCCGGAAGCGCGGGGAAGGCGGCCGGUUCUUCUCUCCCAAGGAGAAGGACGGCGCCCACGUGCAGUCAACAGAGCCAGACCCAGCCCCUGGUGGUGCAGGCCUCUCAUCCCAGCUACUCUGGAAAGUGAAGCAGGAGGAUCAGCAGUUCAAGGCCAUCCCUGGGCUAUAUAGAGACCCGAGCCAAGCUGAGGAAGAAGCCAUGACUCAGAUCAUCCGAGUGUCCUAACCCCAGACGGGUGGGAGAACUUGACCGUUCAUAUUCCUCACCACUGUUCCUGGAAUCGAUCCACUUUUCCAAUGGGAUACUGAACACACUCUGCCCUUCUACAGGACAGAGGCCACUUGGUUUUUAAGAAGUGGCCAGUAUUGUAAUCACCACGGUGUCUGGCAAAUUGAAGUUGCCGGCCUUUGUCUCACCCUUCCAUUUAGGACUAUUUCAGAUUGUCGAUGGCAGAGGCCUUUGGGGACUUGGAUCAUGCAAGGAGACAUGUGCCAGCUAAGCGUUCCUUACAUGAGCAUUUACGCUGACCGGUGAAGCCAGCCGUCAGCCAUUGCAGUGGGAGUGAGCAGCCUUCUCAACCUGAGCUCUGGUCAGGGAGCCACAGCCCUCGUCUUCCCUUGGAGUCUCGACGGUGUCGUCCUGUGGAGUGGGUCUAGGCUGGUAGACUGCAGAGACGCUUCUACUCACAGGCAGCUUCCAGGCACAGCAUGCGGCGACAGUGACCCCUGCAGCAUAGUCACCUGGCUGGUGGUAAGACGAUGUCUGCUCAGAUGCUGGCUUGAGCCAGGAGAAGUCCAGAGGGAUAUUUCAGAUGGGAUAAAAUGAUUAAAAAAAAAGUCUUGAAUACCAAAAACACAUUGCUGGUCUCUUUCUUAGCUUUGACAAGUUGUACUUGUCUCUGGCGCGUCACCUGGACCAUAGUCUUUGCUGUGGCUGCUGUUAACAGUUCAGAGAAUGAUGGACCUUACAGAUACCUUUCCCAGUAGAGAACAGAACUCUUCCAGAGCUUGAGUACUGAAGACAUUUCUAGUAUGUGCUGCCCUAUGCAGGGACAGACUAGAGGUUUCCAGUCAUGCGCUUUGUGACAGCAUUGGGGCCUGGAAGGAUCCGUGUGUCUCUCAGUCCAGGAGGGAGAGGACUCUUCCUGCCCGCACGCUGCCGCAGAGCGCGGCUCCAGCGCAGGGGUUGAAGAACGUCGCUCCCACGGGCACUCAGACCUGUUGUCAAGCCCUGAAAGGAGGCUGAGGUUGAGUCUUUGCCCGUUUUCUGGAAAGCACUGUUAGUUAGUCACGCCGUCCCAGGCACAGUCCAGGGGCGCUUCCCGCGGAAGAUGCGUGAACCUGUGGCGCAGUUCUCCCUUGUGGGCUCCUGUCUUUGUAGGCCUUGGGCAGUGAGGUUUCACGACACUGACUGAUAGCAGAAAUGCCUGCGGGGCCACAGCUCUCAAAAUGAGUUGAGCCACAGAAAUCUUUGCUAAGCAAGCCUUUUACCACUGAGCCACACCCCCAUCCCAAAAAAUCUAUUUUCUAGAUGUUGAGCCCUAAAAGAAAACUAAGACGAUAUUUCAGAAGAGUUGGCUGCCUUCUCUGCAAACACAGCAAGAAAACAGUAAUUCUGAAGAUAACAGGUUGGUUGAAAUACGGGGCACAUGUAAAGAUGGAUCUUUGAUUUCACUCUGAACUCCACUAAGACAAAGAAUCUGACCCUGUAAAGAAAUCAUCACACGGACAGACCAUUGUAACUAAAACAACUGUGCAAAGUAGCGAGAUGUCUUCCUUGUCCGGCAGUCUGGCCUCUGGGACCAGAGGAGCUGCUCCUUACAUAGUGUUCAGAUAUCAACAGCCCCAGGUUUUUCAGAUCACUAAAAACUCCUAGCUGAUCUGGUUGGAGAUUUCCUCAUACCUAAUGUCCACUGCUAAGCCAACAAUCCUAAGUGCUCUGUGUGUGUAGUUUUGUAUAUAGUAAUGCCAACCUCGUUGCUGAAUGUUACAUCUGGAGGAGACACGGGUUCGAGCCUGCUUGUUUGCUUUGGUGUCACCACGGUGACAUGGCGUUUAUAUGGGGUCAUUUUAGCACAACAGCAUUGCCCGCAAAGUGGGGGGACUGACCAUGACUCAUUUCUUUAACCUCGUUUACUUACUCAUUUGCUCUAGUUAGUGACUGUAAGGAUAACUUCAAAGGUCCAGAGUGAAUGGAUGAAUGAAUAAUUGGUCUAAUGCAUAGUCAUAUCACUUGAGUGGUGUUUUUUUGUUUUGGUUUUU